UCGUUUCCAUAGUCACCAGUGUGUUUGCACUAGUUAAGUUGGACAGCGAUAGUGCUGUAUUGUUGAAACUAUUCAGUGCACUCUCUAAAUAUUAAAAUGGAGAACGGUGCAAUGCGAUGUUCUUCAAUGAGUAAUGGUGGCAAAUGGUUUGCUCAUGAAGUUUUACCAGAAAAAGAGAAAAGGAGUCGUGAGGCUUGUACGAGCACUGGGAUCAUGCUGACUCAGGUUAAAUCAGCACUGCCUGAGGCUUUGAACUUGGAGCGCUUUCCUAAAUGGAAAUCUCAGCAGAAAUCCAGAGAGUAUCCUUUCUCCAGCCAUGACAACAUGAAUGCCUUAAAAGACAACAUCUCUGUCUUCAGUAAUGGUGUAGGACUCAGGAAGAGUCUUAAUGAUCCCAGACAGCAACGCUCCCAUUUCUGCCUGUCCCACGACGGAGCUUACAGCAGCUCUGAAGAAACCGAGGGGAACAUGUCGGUCCAACACACUGACUUCACGGUGAAGCAGGCUGUUAAUGUUCCCAGCAGCACCAGGCGGUUCCCCCACAACCACAAGCAGAAAGCUGCAGAGGCAGCUCUGGAGGAUGUCAUGUGGUUUGGACGACACGACUUGAAUGUCUCGGAGACCCUGCACGUGCUGGCAGCUCAACACCAUCCAGGCCCCAACGUGUAGGACACUAGAUCAUAGAGAGGGUGAGGGGGACUUUCAAGAGGGUCCAGCUGUCAAAUAAAGAACUGAAUCAGAAGCAUCAGAUAGCAUUUUCUCUUAGUAGUGAGCAGGCUGUAUUGCAGACAGAGCAAAUAGAAGCACACUUGAUGUUAUAACAAUGAAUCCUCAGUGCAACUUGAUAUUCUUGCUAAUAUUUUAAUACACAUGGUAUGUCAUAGUCUUGAUUUCAGAGUACUAUAGUCUGAACUAUAGCCCUGUGAAGAGUGCUGGUAGUUCACAGUUUGACCAGCAGAUGCCAGCAGGUCUGCAUGACUUCUCUGAUGUCCUACAGACCUAUCGAUUUGUUUAACAGCCAAACUGUGUGAGAAAUGUAACAACCAAAAACCCUGUGUAAUGUGCAUGAUUUGGAGUAUAUGGUGAGUACAAAAUAAUUCGAGCUAUUCUUAUUUUAAGGCAUAUCAACAUAAAGACAUUGAAUUAUUGCAUUUUAAAUAAAUUGAGCAGCUUCGUUUGAGUCGUAAUGCAUGGCUUUGUUUCACCCUUGGGGAUGAAAAAGAUGGAUAUGUGUGUAUGCCACUACUGCAAGAGAGCAGAAAGCGUGGGAGAAUAACAGACUGCUUAGAGAAAAGCACUUAAAGUGAAGAGUAUCCCCGACCACUUUCUUCAAUUGCUGAUGUUUUCUCCAGAGUAUUCUGACCAGCUGCUUUCUUUCUUUAAUAUACCCACGGGGGAGAUGGGGUUUUCUCACAUGCUUUCUUUCAGCUCUAGUAAUUAGUUGUUCCACAUACAUCCCCGACCUUGUAGGAGUUUGUUUCACUUAGAAAAAGUGACAUUACAGCCCACAGUUUUUAUAUAGCAAGAGAAGAAAGCUGUGAGUCAUCCAUCUGGAAACUGCUGCCCCUUCUGAUUUCACUUUGAGAUUAUCUUCACACGUUGCUGCCCAAAAACAGAGUCCUUGAUGCAGGUGCAUGACUGACACUAGGCUGCAGGGCAUGGGUUUGUAAUGACCACCUUUGAUAAAACAGAAAAAAGGGAUACAAAGAUGAAGAAAAAGGGUUACUGGCUCUAUGUUAACCCUAUAUUUGCUAUGUUACUGAAACAGAAACCUAUAGUAUAUAUCUGUUAAGUGUUUCUGUUGGUCAAAUCAAACCUACAUUCAUCUUUAAAAAAAAAAAGGCACAGUGGUCUUGGGGAGUGAAAGAAAUGUUAAUUAAUGAAAAACAUUUCUGCUUUAGUGUUUGACAGUUGGUUGUUUCUGGUUUUGACUGGUUGUCUGCCACUUCUGUCCCUGUGGGUGCAGUUUGCAGACUUUGCUUUGGACCUGCCUCAACUUGAACAACUCCUCCGCACAGAAGCCACCAACACUUCACAAUCAGAAACUCUCAUUAGCUCUGUCAGAACAGCAGUAAAGCUUUUAAUACUUCACAGGGGAGAGGAGAGCACACUGAAAUUGCGUGUCAAUCAUAGCCGGUAUGUGGUAUUGUGUAACGUAUGUGGCAUGUCAGGCGAGAUGUGUGUCUUCGUAUCAUGUAAAGAAGAAACAGCAAGUAUAUGUAAAUACAGCUGCUCGGUGGAAUAUCAAACCUUCUCCCAAGGACAAAAGACACAUCUCAGUAAACAAGCAUUCAACCACCAAAGCCCUGCACUUCAUGAAUAUUAAAUCAGACACUUUGAAUCCUACCUCUUUGGUGUUAGGAUGCCCUAGUCUGGAUUCUUACCAUUCACUGUGAUUUAUUCACAGGUGCAUGUGUCUCUUUGAUGUGUUGAGUUGAGAGGUUUUGCACCUGUUAGAGAAAAAAAAGCUUUGAAAACAAGAGGUGGAUUUGCCACACAGUCAAAAUGACAGCAACAGAGGGAACACGUACGUACGUUUGUGUGUAUGUGUGUCAAAAAAAGGCUGCUGUUCUAUUUUGACAUACUCUGUUGUGCGCACUGCAAAACCACCUUUUCUCCAACAAAAUUGACUUCUUUUGGCAUCUGUUCUGACGUUAAUCUGAAGUUGUGCGUUGUGCAUUUUGUCCAUUACCCAUUCAUUAAAGAUGUGACUUGA